AUGUCAUCAAUCUGUAAUGACCUUCACAAAUCUCUUGAAAGCAACAUGGAGAGACUUGCGCUCUGUACGAAAGAUGCUGCCGACAUGUCGCAAGACCUCAGCACCGAGAAGGAGUCUGCUCUCAUUGAACAAAAGGGUUUGAGCUCCACAGCAUCCAGUUCUAGCGACCAGGAGGAUUUCACCAAGACGGAAGUUGAAGCCGUCAUUCCAUUUCAAAGACCGGUACAGAAAGGCCAUUUGGAGCUACUCCCUGUCGAACUCCAGUGCGAAAUAUUCAAAUAUCUCGGUCCUGGCGCAAAGCGAAUUCUUGGCUCCAUCAGCAAGCGCAUGUACGACAUCUGGAAGCAAGAUUUCUUUGAGAAAUCCAUCCGGAUCAAUAUCGCCGAGCACAUGCUGAAAGCGGACAGCUUAGAGCAUGUCUCAACGGUGUAUAACAGCAUUUUAUCCAAUUGGUUGAGGCCAAAAGGGGUUGCGAAAGACCAGAAGACAGAAACUGACACCACAUACGGAGAUGUGAAUUCCUCUAUACACAUGAAUGACUGCAUUGAAGAUGCAGUUGCCAGACAUUAUGCAGCCAAACGAAUGAAGGAGCAUGGCGAUGAAUGUCCUGUUUUCACCAAGGAGUUCAGGUACAAGAACGUCAUAUUAGAGUACACAGGAUUUCGAAAUGACGAUACAGAAGCUAGUUGGUUAUCAUCAGCUGAAUUCGGCCGCAGACACCGGAGAUGGCAACUUGAUAUCCGGGGAGUUGAUCUCCGGGACUUGUUUGCUUAGGAAAAACACCUGAGAG